AUGUCCAAGAGACAUCUUGACAGUUCCAAUACGGAUCACCGGCAGCCCAAGCGACCCCGCAUAACUCAGGUAGAUAGUCACGAUCGCCUCUCUCUAUUGAGCGACGAACUACUGCUCCAGAUCUUAUCCUUUCUACCCAUACCAUCGUUACUAAUAUGUCAAAGAGUAUCUCGUCGUUUCCAUGCACUUGCUGGGGAUUCGGAGCUUUGGAAAAGGCAAUAUUACUCGCGAUGGGUUCGACCUCGAGCACGCCGAGUGGCGAAUAUUCGACAUACUACCCUUUCCGCGUCAAGGGCAACGUACUCGCCACAUGUUUCAACAUGGCUGGGCCAUGCUCAUUUAGCUGAGGAGGGCAAGGUGACGAAUUGGAAAAGACAGUAUCGCCUUAGACAUAAUUGGUCUAAGGGAAUCUGUCAAGUAACUGAAGUCGAACUUCCACAACCCGCGCACUCCCCAAUGCUGGUCAAGUUUUGCGCGGGCUUUGUCUUCACAGCAGACUCCGAGCAUGGGCUGAGGUGUUGGCGGGCUAGCAACCAAAUAUCAUGCUCCGCUAGACUUCCUCUUGUGGAGUCCGAAUCAGAAACCUCAGCAUUCCCUACAGCACUAGCGGUGAGCCGCUGCUUACCGCAGAAUAUUAUCAGAGUAACAGUGGGAUUUGCAGACGGCCGCUUCGGCGUCUACGACAUGGAUACUCAGUCGUUAUGUCUGAAUUUACGCUCUUUCCAUUCCGCUUUUGCCGAUGGAGCAAUCACCGCGAUGGCCACAUCGAAUUCUUACCUAUUAAUGGUCUCAGAGCACAAGGUUUUAUCACUGUACGAGAUGUUUCUAGCGGAACCUGAGCCCCCAACUAGAUCCAACGCCGCGAAUACAAGCAAACAAUCCUCAGGGGAUGGUGUGAAAAUACUCGCAUCUCUCAAGGCAGACAGUAUAUUAUUCCCGAUGUCCUUGUCAGUCCGAUUGGCGCAUUCGGAAAUUAUUGCAUCUAUUGUUUACAGCUUUUUUCAUAUUGGCUGUGGCUGGUCAUUGGGGAUUCAAGAACUGCAUUUUGGCAAGAAUGGCGAGCAGAUCGGUUCUCGACUCGCAACUACCGUUAACGCUCAGUAUGGAGUAAUGCCACGGCAUCCUCUCACUCUUUUGAGGAGGGGAUGUUCUUCGUCUUUUGAAUCGGGACCAUCAAGAGGCGAGUCUCACGUGGAACUGACAGAGCCGUCCAUAUUACACCAAGAACCGCCAACCUCCAUUUCGUAUUCCCACCCGUAUCUCUUGACGUCGCAUGCGGACAAUACAUUGACAGUGUAUCUUGUCGUUUCCACUGGUGCUAAACUUUUCGUCAAGGGAGGUCAGAGGCUCUGGGGUCAUACAUCAUCAGUAUCUGCAGUGCAAGUGAGCGACCGUGGGAAGGCGAUUUCCGUGAGCUCUCGUGGCGACGAAAUUAGAGUGUGGGAACUUGAGAGUCUGAUUCCGUCACUUGGGUCUUCAAAGGCAGCAAGGGAGGAGAACAGCAUCCAGAUCAAUCCUGAGAACAAGCCAUGCAAGAUUCAUGAGGGCGGGCCCCUCCUAGCAGGGUUUCUUGCCUGCCGGCUUUGCGGGCCACAGUUGGCCUCUGGGCAGAUGUCUCGUGAAUACACUCGGAUGGGAGAUUGUGUCGGGUUUGAUGAUGAGCGUCUGCUUCUUUUCAGUCGAGGGGAAACUGGGACACACUUGAUAGAAAUGUAUGAUUUCACAUGA